GAGACGAAUGGGAUUGGGGGCUAGGUUUUCACCGCGCCCUACGAUCCAGCCCCACGCCUCUCGCUUUCUCACCCAGGACGCACGCGGGACGCACCAAUACACUGGGCCCGUAGACAUUUGAGGCCCACCCGUCAUGGACAAGGAAGCAAAACAAAUGAGUCACAGAGGACUAACGGCCACGACUUUGACAGCAGCGUAAAAAUCCCUGUUGCUGUGAAAUCGUGCGGCCACAACACACGCGCGCCGCGAAUGCCCCUGGAAUGGCGGGUACUCUACCAGGCUUUAUAUGUUAGAUUAUACACCUACUUCAAGAUAGACAACAUGUCAUCACUAUGAUCCGCUGCUCGAGGAACUGUGUGGCUCACUGCCUUGCUCAAAUAGGGCACACAUAGUAUACGCUCUGUCGUGUGGGUAAGGUCUAGACCUGAUGAGAUUAACGUCGUGUACCAGAACGACUGUAUGCCUAAUGGUUAAGAAAUGAAAGUUUCUUUCUCGUCAAAAAAUAAGGAUGCGAACCUGGAACUUUGAGGGUACCCUCCAACCCUAUUUAGUUCAAGUAAAUGAACUAAAUUUUUAUAAUUCACAUUAUUUUUAAAAUUUUAAUUCAUCUGAUUGAACUAAGUAGGAUCGGAAGGUACCCUAAAGGUUUCAAAUUUACAUGCCUAAAAAAUAAACACCGCACACUAGAACACUUGCAGCUGUGCGGGUCACUGUGCUAGUCGGAUAAAAAUAGCAUUACCGCGGCGCUAUAUAUGGCUUUGUGGGAUAACUGUGAUUCUAAUCCUCCUCGGGUGGUCUUUCCGUCCAUGGUUUAGCCAUGAAGUGCAUGUGCCUGUCCCCAGCCACAGGAAAUCGCCCGAUACAUGCAGCCACGCACGCCGCGCGUCCAGAUCGGGAGCCGCCAACGUGCGGCAAUGGCAGGCCUCGCCGCGGCUUUCGCCGUGGCGACCCUCGCGGCGAUGGCCCACGCCACCACCGCCGGCUCCCCGCCGUUGCCGCCGUCGUCGCAGCCGUGGUCGUCGUCCUACUACGCGGCCGUGGAGAACCGGCUGUCGGCGGGGGCCGGCAUGGUGCUCGUCUGCCGCGCGCUGGGCGGCGGCGACAUCUUUACCCAGUGGAGCGUCGUGCCGCGUGGCCGCGUGCCCCGCGACGGCCGCCGCGUCUUGGAGCUCCUGGUGGACGCCAAGACGUACGGGUGGGUCACCUGCAGCUGGGCCUACCAGGGAAACUACGUCGGCGCCAUGCCGCUCUUCGACUCGCGGUGGCCGGAGGCCAAGCGGUGCCAGGACGUCGCCGGCGGCGGCCUGUGCCGCGUCGUGUUCGAGAGCGACAUGGUGCGCCUCGAGACGCCCGGCGGGGGACAGCGGGUUCUCGGCGACCUGCCGGUGAAACGUUGCCGGCGGCACUGGCUCCUGUUCAGCACGGAGUGCACGUACCCGGACCAUCCCUACCCCUACGCCGGCCGCCGCCUCAGCAACGCCUUCGAAUACUUUGGCGUGUGACCGGUUAGGGAAUUCAUUUUUUUUUUGUUUUGAGAAUCCGUUAGGGAAUUCAUUAGGGCAUCUCGAUUGAAUGUACGUAAUGGAACAUAGUACCACGUAGCACUCCUCUCUCCUCCUAUGAACGUUUUUACGACGAAUGCCCAGCCCACACGAUGGGCAGCUUG